GGCGGCGCUGGCGGGCCCCUCCCCUUCUGUGCCGCUUGCUCCGCGUUGGCACCGCACUCUCCAAAGCUGCUCGCUUGCUACUCCCGCCGCCGCAGCUGUAUGGUCCAGCGCCGCUCCGCCGCCGCACCCCCUCCGCCAGCUCCGCGGCCUCCAGCGCCUCCAGCUCCUCCUGGUUCUGCUCCUCCUGCCCCCGGCGGUGGCGCCCUCACCCCGGCUGUAUGAUCAGGCUACAGUCUUCAAUGAGUAACCAUAUUCCUCAGUUCUGUGGUGUUCUUGGUCACACAUUUAUGGAGUUUCUGAAGGGCAGUGGAGACUACUGCCAGGCACAGCACGACCUCUAUGCAGACAAGUGAACUGUAGAAAUUCAUUACUACUCCACCAAGAAGCCCCCCUAAGAGUGAUUUAACCAGAAUAAGAAGUGUUGAAUAGAAAUUGGCAGAGCAUUUGACAAGGAGUUGAGACCUGGAUGGGGUAAACCUCAGCGCACUGCCUUCUUGCCUCAGUAUUACUGGAUUGAAGAAUUGCUGCUUCUUGUUAGGAGGUUCAUUUCAUUUCCCAUUGCUCCCAAUUUCAUACUUGCCAGCACUGAAAUUUUUCAAGUGGAGUAUAGUGAAGUAGACUUCAGUAUCACUACAUUAUUUCUGUAUUAGAAUUUUUUAAUCCUUUCACAAUCUUGUUGCAUGUUUUUUAACUAAAUUAAUAUGGCACGAAUGAACCGCCCAGCUCCUGUGGAAAUCACCUACAAGAACAUGAGAUUUCUUAUCACACACAAUCCAACCAAUGCAACCUUAAACAAAUUUAUAGAGGAACUUAAGAAGUAUGGCGUUACCACAGUGGUAAGAGUAUGUGAAGCUACAUAUGACACUGCACCAGUGGAAAAAGAGGGCAUUCAGGUUUUGGAUUGGCCAUUUGAUGAUGGUGCUCCACCGUCCAACCAGAUUGUUGAUGAUUGGCUAAACCUCGUGAAAGUUAAAUUCCGUGAAGAACCUGGUUGUUGUAUUGCUGUGCACUGUGUUGCUGGUCUUGGGAGAGCUCCGGUGUUAGUUGCCCUUGCGCUGAUUGAGUGUGGAAUGAAGUAUGAAGAUGCAGUGCAGUUUAUAAGGCAGAAGCGACGUGGAGCCUUCAAUAGCAAGCAGCUUCUGUAUUUGGAGAAAUAUCGUCCCAAAAUGCGCCUGCGUUUUAAAGACUCCAAUGGUCACCGAAACAACUGUUGUAUUCAGUAAAGCCAGGCUGUCUGUGCUUUGAAGGUAGAAGAUGGAAAUUUGAAUUGGGCAAACUACAUACAGAAAAAUGUGUAGGGCUGAUAAAUAGGCUAAAUGAAGCUUCCUUAGGAGCCUUUAUAGGCUAAAAGUAUGGCAGAAAUGCAACUUGUCUGUGUAGGUUAAUAUCUACCUGUUUGGAGAACUAGUAAAUGUUUUGCUGUAUGCUGUCUCUGAAAUGUCUUUGUCAUAAUUUGUAUCAAUUGAGCUAUCUUUGAAUCAUGUAGUUAAGUUUAAUUCAUCUAUUUCCUAAUAAUAUCUGUCACAGUAUGAAGUGUAGAGAGGUUAGGUGCCAAAAAACCCAGCACAAUAUCUAUUUUUUUUCUGUAAAUUAGUGUAGUUCUUGUGAUGCAUGAACUACAAUCAUCUGGAC